CUUCUAGCAAGUCGUGGUUCGCACAGACAUCCUCCAGCACCAACCGAGUCCCAUCAACCUCCAACCAUGAGCUGCCGCGAUGGCGCAGUUCUUCUCCGUCGUCAUCAAUGAUUCCUCCUCCCAUCGUCCAGAGCCAAUAUAUGCCGCCACAGUACCCAGCGACCACACAACCUCGAUUCGUAGAGAAGCCGACCGAAGUCGAGGAAAAGCAACAAGAACUCGAAGCCGAUCUUCAGUUCUUGCUAGAUGCGCAGGCAGAAGGCCUGAUUCAAGGACUAGAGGGUGGAAAUGUGGAUGACCGUAGCUCCACAGGCAGUACAACGCCCACGGUUCACGGGACGCGCAGCCCUGCUCCGAGGCGGAUGCGGCCUCCACGAAGACGGCAACCAGGGUUGCGAAGUGCUCGGAAAGGCAUAUACAGCAGCAUUAUUGCCUUAGCAAAUCUCAAGAAUGGAGAGCUUCAGAACGUUCACGCAGAGGUACACGAGCAUGACGCGACUCUUGGUCAGAUAGAAGCGUGGGAAAAGAAGCGACAAGGCCUGCAUGAAGCUUCUCGCAACGUUGACUCUGAAGAGGAGACGAUACGGGUGCAACGUUUGAAGCAGGAAGCCGAUGCUUUGCAAGUUGAAAUCAAUCGAGUGGAGUUGAGCCUCACGGAGAUGAAGACCAGACAUCGGAAACUGGUGAGUCAGGCUGCUGCCAUGGAGAACUCCGUACAGGCCCGCAUCGCAUCCUAUACGGAAAGCCUGCGACUACUUGAGAACGACAUCCAGAAAUUCCUGCGUCGUAGCCCCGACGGCCUUCAUGCCAGACCACUGGCAGCAUCAUCUGCAGAGGUCAAAGCCUCGGUAUGGCAACUACCUCCCCAACGAAGAAACCUUGACCUAGCUAAAGCGUACUGGAACGAGCAGCGCGAACAAGCGCUACAGCAUGCUGAGGACACAAAGUUCGAGAAGUCCGCUCUAAUUGAAGGUGCUGGGAUGUGGCGCGAAGCAGUGACAGAGGUGACAGACUUCGAAAAACAGCUCAGGACCGAGAUGUCUGCAUUGCGGCCAUCGUCACCGAACUCGCAGUCGGCUUGGGACGACCCUCCGAGCACAAGUAUUUCAGAUAAUGAACAUGCCGAUCGCAUGCAACACAUACUCGAGAAGAUAGACAACGUGGCCGAGUCGCUGCAUGCGAAGUUGCAGAAGGCCGAAGAGCGGAAUUGGAAGCUGCUACAAGCGGCGCUUGGAGCAGAGCUGGAUGCGCUUAGUCGAGGCAAACAGAUACUCGCAAGUGCUUUGAGCGCAGCCGGUAGCAAGUCCCCGGAAACAGGUGGGCAUGAGCUCAAGAAGGCAAACUCUAGUGAAGAGAUAGAUGCGCUUGACAAGAGUUUCUCCGCAUCUCGAGCCGUGAACGACGACGAUGAAGAGCCGCCGCCUGAAUUACUCUUUUCCAAAGCUCAUGAUGUAGACACUGAAUGAAGAAAUGGAUCCGUCUCCUACAUCCUACAGGUCAGGUACAUACAUGUACCUACGAAAGACUGCGCGGGCUUACAUAAGCUUGAAAGCUCGACCCUUCGACCUCAACAGCCGAGUGGCUAACAGUAAACUACUUCCGUGCCAUACAUAGCACUCUCGGGUCCCGUCAGCGCAGUCCUAUGGUGCAGACGUGAGCAAAUGAUGUUCCCAAGUCUGACGAAUUCUGUGACUGAGAGGCUCAGGUACCUGUACCGGACGAGCCAUGACCGAGCCAAC